AGCUCAUUUACAUAUUUGUAUGCUCGCCAUUUUGGUUAGCAUCUAAUACACAAGUGUUUUGGAUAAGAAUCCAACAAAAAUCAGAAGCCAUCCGCGUUGCUUCUUGAUUAUUUCUUUGUCAGUUUGAUCUAGAAACAAACCCAACGGAACGAGCCGGCAUACUUGCGGUUCGUUCAUAGGGUAUACGAGAAAGCCUUCAAUGUGUGUGCUUCGGCAAGAUGUCCUCAGUCUCGGGGUUAGGCAAUAGGGGGGAGAAAGGCAAGGGCAAGUUCACGGCGAUAAAUAUCAACAACAUAUAUAAGGGCAAAACCGUUGAAACACAAAAGACUGCGGUCCCUCGUCAACAUGGGCUACAAAGCUUGGGUAAGGUGGGAACAGCACGGCGUAUGCCGCCUCCGGCUAAUUUGCCCAGUUUGAAGAGUGAGAACAGUGGAAACGACCCGAAUAUCAGUCUUGUUCCGACCGGAGGUUCAGGAUGGGGCACGAAAGAGGAGAAGAAAGAGGAAGCCAGUGGAAAACCGCCGCAACAGUUGCCGCAGCAGCCGGCUACGUCGGCGCCAUCUGGGCAAUCAGCAGUACCAACUACCAAGACCAGUGUAUCUGGGGGCACCAACACAGGGGUAAAGUCAUGGAGCAGUAUUACUGGUGGGGGCACCUCACAGGGAUCUCUUGUGAGUCAUCAGUCACCCUUGUUCCAAGAGGAAUUUCCAAGUCUAGCAUUGGGGGAAGAAAAAGAAACCAAGGACAUAAAAAAGAAGGAAGAAAAAACAGAUACUCAAUAUGGACCAGGGCCAAGUUUGCGACCACAAAAUGUAGGGAGUUGGCGAGAAGGAGGUGGGCGUGGCGCCAUGCAGCAACCACAGCCAAAACAAGACAGUCUAUCACCGACGUCUUCACCAUCACAGACCCUCACAGAAACACAGCCGAAUGGCCCCCCGACUCCCGGUGGGGGCGACACCCCCUCUCCCUCCCCGCAGAUCCCCCCACGACCCAGCUCUAACCAGGGCCCCACAUCAACACAGGGCCCCAUGCCCAUGGCACCUCACAUGGGCAUGCCACACCCCCAAUACAGAGGAAUGAUGCCACCCUAUAUGUUUGGCAGAAUGCCGACUGGCUAUCCACCUAACUACCCAGGGAUGCCACGGCCACCUUACCCUUAUGAUGGAAGAUACAGAGGCCCACCUCCACACAUGCCACCACGGCCAAUGGAUCGAGAACGAGAUCGUGAUCGAGACCGGGACAGAGGAGAUCGAGAAGGAGGAGAAGAGGGUGUAAAGAGACCUGCCAUCAUAUCGGAUAAGGACCUGAAAGAGUUUGAUGAUCUUUUACGCACAGAGCCCAAUGAUGGUGGAUGGGCUGAUGCUCAAGGAGAAAUUGAUUAUAGUGCUAAGCUUGUGUUCAGUGAUGAUGAAGACGAGUCAGGCAAAGAGCGAAAGAGAGAUCGGAGACCAAGAGAUAUUCGUAAACAAGGAGAAGAUCCACGAGACCGACAAGGUGAACGCCAGAUGGACAGACAGCAUGACAGACAGCAUGACAGACCACAUGACAGACCAGAUCGGCAUGGAGAUCGUCCGAUGGAAAGAUACAGUGAUCGACACAGUGACCGACACAGUGAGGAUUCUGAACACGAUCGGGACAGGGAAACUUCCAAAUACGACAAAGAUAAGGAUGACCAGGGUCCUCCAAAAUCCCGAGAGGGAUGGACACAUGGACCACCACCCCCACAGUACAGAGGUGGCCCAAGGCCACCACCACCAGGAAUGGAUGGGCGCUGGCCGAUGCAUCCCUACAACUUCAUGUCUCAACAAGGGCCAUACCCUCCCCAUUUCCGUAUGCCACCUCCACCCCCUAACCAGAGGCCGGCACCCCCAUAUGGCCCACACCCACCACAAUUGAACCGACACUCUGGAGCAGAGGAUGAGGAUGAGAUUUGGAGACAGAAGAGGAGACAACAUGGAGAAGAAGUCAAUGCAGCUGUAGAGAGAGCACGCCAGCGACGAGAAGAAGAUGAGAGACGCAUGGAGGCUGAGAGGAAAGCUGCUGCUGCUGAGAAAUUAAAGCAGCUUGAUGAGAGGACAGGCAAAAAGAAAGAGGAUAAGGAGAGCCGAGAUGGAGCUGAAUCUGACGGUGGUCGAUCAAGUCGUACUCCAAGUGAGAGUAGUGAGAAAGAUUCAAGGGAUGGAAAAGACAGAUCUCAUCGGGACUUGUCAAAAUACCCAGCAACAAGUAACCAGACCUUCUCCAAAGCCUAUGCUCGGAAUGUGCCUCCACGAUUUCAAAAACAACAGCAGGAGCAGAUGAUGCGGCAGCAGACGUCGCAGUCCCCCUCCUCCCAGACCCCCAAUCAACAACAGCAGCAGCAGCAGCAGCAGCAGCCAGCACAGCAGGGGUCAGGGCAACACCCCCAGUUACCCCAGGGCUUCCGGCCAGGGCAAGGACCACCACCUCAUUGGGUAGGAACUCCCUACGAUCCCCGGGCAUGGGGAGGCAUGCCACCACCCCCAUUCAUGGAUCCCAGAUAUGCUGGAAGGAUGGAAAUGGCUGGCAUGCACAUGUACCCACCCCCACCAAUGCGUCGCCGCACAGACAGUCAUGGCUCUGGCACAGACAGUCAAGACAACGAGACCCGACAGCCAGAGCAGUAUGAACGUGAUCCACGAGACCCACGUACAUGGAUGGAGAGAGGAUAUCCACCUCCCCCACCAGGUCCAUAUGAUGAGAUGAGAAGAGGUCCAUACUUUGACCCAAGGAUGUACCACGACUAUGAAAGAUACGACUAUGAUAGAAAAGAUUAUGAGCACCAGGGGGAGCUGGGUGACAGAGAUGAUCACAGGGAUAAGGAAAUUGAUCAGGAUGGACCCCCACUUGCAGACAAAGCCCCUAAGGAUCUUGAACAUCGAAGCUCUGUGACAAGGAGCCCAGUUGUACAGAGAGAUCCCUUUGAUGAAGCAGUUGGCAAAGAUGACAAAUUGGAAAGUUGGGAUGUUGAUGAAAAAUCUGAAGAAAUUCCACCAGAGCCCCGAAGGCAGAAGCCUGACUUGGACAAGAGGGAGGACAAGGAGUCUGAUUUCAGGAGAAUGAAGGACUGGGGAAGUCAUAAUUUUCAAAGCUCACAAUCAAGACACGACAGAGGCCCACCAUCUCAACCACAAAGAGCAUGGGGAGGAGUCGAUGAAGGCAAAUCACGGAGAGACCAUCACCCAAGUUGUCCACCACCAAUACCUCCACAACAGGCACAGUCUGCACCACCACCACGCAGCAACUUCAUGUCACUCAAGCGAAGUGCAUCCAACAACUCAACCAGCUCGGCUGCAUCAUCAGAAAGGAAAAGUGAUUCACCAAAGGAGCCAGUUCUCCAUGAAAAACCAACCAGCUUGAGGAAAGAACCAAGCAGGGAGUCGAUCAAGAAAGAAUCCCAGAGAGAGGUAGUGGCAGUCCCAGAUUCUUCCAGAGCCGAAACAGUCUGGAGCAGAAGACAAAGUGAAAAAAAUGCUGCUAAGGAGAAACAACAGGAAUCUGCCCCUGAGCCACAAUUUGAACGUCGUGAGGACAAGAAGGAAAAACCCCAGAUUGAGAAGGAUGGAUUUGACGACAGACGGGAUCGAGGGCCUGGCAAGGACAGACCGCCUGCAAAAAAGAAGAAAGAGGAGCCAUACAUGGACAGGUUUGAGCGAGACCGUGACCGAGAUCGUGGUGAUAGGGACAGAACCCGAAGUGUUCCUGGUCGUGGUAGAGAGUUUGUGCGUGGUCGAGGACGUGGCAGGGGGCGAGGUGCACGAGGUGGACUUGGUUCUAGCCGAGGGCGUGGAAGAGGAGACUUUCACAGUAUGGAUAGACCAUUCAGAGGUCAAAGAUCAGACAGGGGUCAGUCCUUCGGUCACUGGAAAGACAGGCCUGAAGAUGAUCAAGCUGAGGGGGAGGAUGUAGACACUUCGAAAAGGCGACGUGGACGUGAUGAGGAAAGUGAUGUGUCUGUGGAUGAAACAAGUGGUACCUACAGUGAAAGCUCGAGUGAGAGGACGUCGGAAGCCAGGGAAGUUUCUCAGGGAAAGGAUAAGGAGAACAAGGAUGUGAAGUUGACGAAAGAAACAAAGGAGGAGAUCAACAACACUCAGAAAUCUGCAAGUCAGCAGAAGGACAAAGGUGCACCUCAUCCUCGGGAAGAGCGGGGUAGGCCACGUAAUAAUCCCUGGAUGCGAGAUAGACGGUACGAAAAUAAUGACCGAUUUCAGCCAAAGCCCUAUGGGGAACGUGCUGAUCUUGAUGACGAUAGUAAGGAAAGGGGAGGUGGCUAUCGACAGUCCAGUGCAACUGCCAGUGCCAAUGCUGGGGGCUUCACACCGAGAGGGGAACCCUCAAGACGAGGGAGAGGUGGAAAUGCAGGUCAAGGUCCGCCGAGGGGUGGUCGAGGCAGAGGAGGGAGGUACUUCUCGGCCCCACCUCAGAGGGGUGGGUACAGUCGCCCACCCAUGACCAAUGGAGAUAGAAGAGAUUAUGGUGACAUGGGACCUCAAAACAGACGGGAUAGGAGACAAGAAAGAAACCCCCCUCCUCCGAGAUUUGCCCGUAGAGGUGGUAUGAGUGCUGAACGAGGACGGGGUUUUGAACGUGGUGGUAGAGGUGGUCGAUCAAAAGGGAGAGGAGGAAGUGCUCCCCCUACAACCAAUUCUAAGAAACCCCCAUUGACAAAGCAAGCGUCAAAUGAAGGGGAAGAGUGGGAAACUGCUUCUGAAAGUAGUGAUGUCCUUGAAAAAAAGGAUCCAAAAAACGAGAUAAGAGACGCUAAUAAAGAUAAGCGCGAUCAACCCUCGAAAAAAAGUUUUUCCAGCCAGCGGCCUCUUAAUGACCGCCAAAAUAGACGUGUAAAUAAUAGUGUGGAUUCUAGGAAGUCCAAUAGCAUGGAGAGGAGGAAUUCAAAUAAGGAAAAGUCCCCAAACUCGACAAAAAACGGGGCAGGUCCGGCGAACUCAGUACCAAAAGCCAAGGCAACUGUUAAUGUGAACCAUAAGGAGAAUGUGAAGACGGUGUACCGUGUGGAUGGAAUUGUGCCCAAUGAUCCCACGGCCAUCAACAACGCCAUUAACAGUAUGAACAACAGAAAUAAGAACAUGGGGAGGAAGUCGGACCUGUCAGACGUAUCAAAACCUUUGAAAAAUGAGAAGGAGAAGAAAGACGCCUUGGCUAAUAUUGACAUAAACAACUAUGCAAGUGUGGUGGUUAUUGAUGAUCAGCCAGAAGUGACGAUCGAUGACCCCAACUUUCUGUUUGAGAACAAUGAAGGCUUUCAGGAGGUCACAUCAAAAAAGGCCAUCAAAAUAAAACAAAAGAUGCAGGAAGCAGAGAUGAAGAAAAUGUCAGAGACUCAUAAGAAACGGGACCCAGCAUCAAAGGUAAUUGCGAAACCGAAAGGUCUUACACCAAAGAUAGAGCGUGCCCGAUUCUGCAAAAUGAGUCGUUUGCCACCACGUUUCGCCAAACAAAAAGAGCAGAGGGAAAAGGAGAAAGAGGCCAACCUGGAUGUUAUGCCCAAGAUUGAACAGUGGAACAAUGACCUCGCUAACAACAUCCCAGCUCCAGCCCACCUCACGAAUGGAGACGUCAAUAACUCUGCUACCAAGUCAAACCAGCAACAACAGCAACAACAACAGCAGCAGCAGCAACAACAACAACAACAGCAACAACAACAGCAACAGCAACAACAGCAGCCAUCCCAACAGAUGACUGUUGCCAUGUCUUCCCAGAAGCUGAGUAUGCAGUCCCAGGUGCCACCAUUGUCGAUGACGCCAGCCCCUAUCCCUACUGUGAGUGCGUGGACUAAGCCCAUCAACUUCUCCAUGACUCUGGGGCCAUCGCAGUCCCCCGUAGCGGUGGAUAACAAGAUGGACAAGGGCGACCAGCACGACAGCGGGAUAGAUGUAAGUGACCAGCCUAAUUCUACCGCCUCAUCUACCCGGAGCUCCCCAAGCGCAGAAAACAAGCAUAAGGAUGAGUCUAAGGAUAAAAUGCUGGAAGAGAGAAUAAACAAAGAGCUGGAAGACACACCAAACUUUGAUGCACCAAAACCACAGCCACAGAGGCAACCUAAGCCAAGCCGCAGUGAAAAAAUGAGUGUGAAGGAGGCCCUGAACAAGGAGAGCAACAAGGCUGUGAAGAAACCCGACUUGGUCAAAGAUAAGAAGCCCGACCCCAUUCAGAUGCCGCCUAGUAUCAAAGACCGCUUCUUCAAGAGUGAUGAUACUGAGCUGAAACUGGAGUUUGAGUUUGAUGAAGCUCUGACGAGCUACCAGGCUGAACCUCAACAACCAGAGAAAACUGAGAUUGCAGAACCCCCGAAGUCUGUGACAAUAUCCAAUGAUGUUACUUCAGCAAAUGGACUUGGUAUCAACUCCCCCACUGCCCAUGCUACCCAGGACCUUAACCUAAAGAUAGCUUCAGUGAAGAGUGUGUGGGAAAUGGCACCUGGUCCCUUUGACCAGCAACCAAUCUCAAGUGGAUGUUCUCUGGCUAAUGCUCUGUCAACAAACAGUGACAGCGUGGCUAGCGCCAACACGUUCCCUACGUUCACGUCCGAGGUGGAGACCAUUGUGUCAGCAACAUCAGUUGUCCUGGAAACAGUUGUCAAUCGUAAUGAGAACACCAGCAGUCUGUCUCCUGGUCCCAGCACGCUGUCGCCUCGACCACAGGACAUACAGGUGUUCGUACCAGAGGUGCCUGACCUCAAACAUCAUGAAAAGAUGCCCAUGGCUGAGCCCUCUAAUGUCUGCAAAGCACAACCUGGUCUGCCCAUCUUGCAGGUAAAGCCUCAACAGUUUCAGCCUCACAGUGCCGGUGGCGGUGGAAACUCGAUGGGCCAGCCCACGUCCAAUGUGCUCCAGAACAUGUCCGCUGUACCCAGUCCCCCCGUCGUCCUGCCUAGUCAGCAUCCUUUCCAGCCCAUACAGCUGGGGUCACAACUGCUGACACAGGAGCCCUCUCGGUUCUCACAGCCCAACUACGGGUUCAGUUUGUCACAACCUCAGGCGCAGAUCGGACAGGCUACUCUGACACAGCCUAGUCUCUUCCUGCCCACUACUCCUACACAGCCGGACCUGUUCCCGUCACAGCUCUCUGCAUUUGCUCGUAACCAGCCGUAUGGACAGACGGCACAACAGAACACCAUCAUGGUGUCCUCAGCUACCUCCUCUCUCAUGUCCACAACAAUCAAACCACCAACACAGAAUGCAUACAGUCAGCUCCAGAAGAGUAUGCCAAGCAUGGGCCCCAGUUCGCUGCAGUUCAGUCAGAAUCUUAACAACAAUUCCCUGCAGCCAUCACAGAUGUUCAUUCAAUAUGACCCUAGUCAGCUGUUUGGUACAAGUCCCUUACUAGGGAGUACACAGAAUCCUCAGAACAACUCGCAGAUUCUCAGCUCACAGCUAAUGCAGCCUAGGAAUGCAGUACAGAAUGUGCAACCUGUACAGCCGACGUCAUCCUUCUUCCAACAGACGCAACCCUCACUACAGCAGAACUUCUUUGCUCAGCAGCCGACUUCGGCACUACAGGGUGCUCUCCAGCAAGCGGCAGCUGGCCAGCAGUUCUCAAUGCAGACGUUUGGGAGCCAGGGUGGACUUGGACUUGCUCUUACACCCCCUGGUCACACCCAUGGUCAGGGGCUCAGUCUCAACCCACAACAGCCCAGCAAGUCCUCACAACAGUAUAACAACCCUGUACUGCAGCAGCAGUCACCACAGAGCACUCCAAUGAAGUCUCCCCCUCAGAGCAUGUCGGGGAACUUGCUGAGUUCUUCAUCGCAGUCUCAGAGUUCCAAUGCCAAGCAUUUUAGUGGGCAGAUCUCCAACAGAACAACUCAACAGAGGUUCCAAAAUGUUCAGCAGUUUCAACCAAAAUUUGGUUCUCAAUUUUUGGGACAGCCCAUGCAGACUCAAGCUGCUCCAGUGGUGAGACAUCAGAUGAUGGUAGGGAACAUUGUACGCUCCAGUGCUCCCCCUCCCCAGCAGAGACCAACGUUCCCAAACCCAAUCCAGCGACCUGGUGUACAGAUCCAAGUGCAACAGCAACAACAACAACAGCAACAACAGCAACAACAGCAGCAACAACAGCUACAGCAGCUACAGCAGCAGCAGCAGCAGCAGCAGCAGCAACCACGACACACAACCCAGUCACCCUCCUUGAAAGCUCAGCAAGCCAAACAGAGGCAGGAAGCUCUGGCUCUAGCCCAAAAUUUCCUGAACCCGCAAAACAAAACUACGAUGAAAAACACAUCCAAGGCUGACAGUGUGACUGACCCUUCUGCUGCUGCGACAACCACAAACACAAAUGAAACCAAACCUACAGAUGUCUCCCAGGAUAAGAAGUAACCUGGGAACCUGUUGUUUCUAUUGUGGACUAUAUAUUCUAUGAUAACUGAAGAGUUUAAGAAUUAAAUUAUUUCUGAUGUGAUUUCAAGUGACGUGUGACGAGUCUCCGAACUCCAUAAUACAAAUGUGUAACCACUAGAAACUAUUGUGUAGUGUACCAAACCAAUGUUACUGUGAUGAACAUUUCUGUUUAGCAGUUGCAUCAUUGACUUUUAGAAACUGUGUUGAUGAAUAUUAUUCUGUGUGACUUUUCACGGACAUGUUCAGUGUUGGAUUUUUAUGUGUAUUAAGACUGCCUGAAGAACCUUACUCGUCAAGUUAUGUGCGCUUCCGUGGAGGUGAAGGUGAUAUGUGCCAAGAUGAUGCGGUAUUAUAGGCUGAUAAACCAUCCAGGCGUGAAAUCGGCACUCGCAGCUCAAGGAAUGUGAAUUGGACAUUGUGUUAAUGAGGUAGGGUGAAGUACCGAAUGUGUGAAGAAAACGAAUCUCAGGUGUUGUCGAGUCUGUAAGGUUUACUUGAGCAGUUUCAUAGCCCCAAGUGUCCUGUGCAAGGUGGCAGUGGUUAAGAGAAAGGUGGUAAGGUGUCUUGAUAGCAUCUGAUGAUUUUAAUAUGACGUGCCCAUAGAAGAAAUACUUGGUGUGGGAGAUGGGCAAAUAUGAUGCUUAUCAAAGCCUUAGACAGCUAUGUGCUGGGGAAGUAUAUUUGUGUACACAUUGGCUCGAUGCCCCUAAAUCUGGCUUUGUUCUAAAAUCUCUGUAUGAAAGCCAGAUCUCUUAACAUGAUGGAGAAAUAACAUUUCUGUGGUAUAAGUAUUUCUUAUGAUGUGGGAAGGUGGAGUAAGGUGUUAUGGCUCAAUACCAAGGUCUAACUGGUAGAGUUUGUGACUCAAUCUAUAGUAAUAUAUUGACGUAAAGAGUCACCCUGGUCCUAAUGAUGAAGAUGUUUACCAAAAUGGCGAUUGAAAAUUGUGGUUCGAUCAAAUUUUUUAUUACACACAAUGUGUAGAAAGAAAUUCCUCUAAGGAACUAUGGUGCCCCCAGAUGUUUUACAGGAUGCAUAGCCCCUGCAAUCUUGUCUACUAACUGAACUACCAUACCCCUGUUGUGAAGGGGGCUUGGCAGUGUGUUCAGACUCUGCAACAACCCAGUGCCCCGGGUUAGCGGAUCUGACAUGCUUGCCUUGUGGGUUCUCUCUAGCUAACUAAUAGGUGUUUCCUCACUGUUUUAACUUUAAUUUAUAGUAAUUGUGUUGAGCAUGUUACAAGUGAGAGAUCGAAUGUGGGAUAAAUGUAUCUAUCGGGUGAGUGCGUGAACACAGUUGAUAAAUCAAGACUGUGUGUGAGGAAUGUACUAUGCCUGUUGUAUUUAGCCCGUGGUUUGAAUCCGUGAAUGUCCCUCAUUUGUUGUCCAGAGUACAUCUCAACACUUUUCAAACUGGAAAUCUCAAAGUUUGGACGAUGAGCAAUCAUUCCAGCUUUGACAUUUUUUUAAUGGGUCUGAAGAAAGAUAAUCAUUUGUAUGUUUGUGUAUGUAUGUUCAGAUCUAUGCUGCUGCAAAUUACAGCUGUAUGUAGCUAAUGAAAAAAAUAAAAAUGCUUGUACAUUUAUAAA